CUGCACAAAGUCUAUAUGACCAAAAGAUUUGAAAACACUUUAUAAUCACAAAAUAUAAUCCCAUUACAUAUCCUAAUUAAUUAUGGUACCAGCAGUGAAUCCUCCUACCACAUCAUGCCACGUAGCAGUAAUCGGUGCCGGAGCAGCGGGACUCGUGGCAGCUCGAGAGCUCCGCCGCAGUGGCCACUCUGUGGUUAUUUUCGAACGUGGGAACCAAAUCGGAGGCGUGUGGGCUUACACGCCUAACGUCGAACCCGACCCGCUUAGCAUCGACCCGACCCGACCCGUAAUCCAUUCGAGCCUCUACAGUUCUCUCCGAACCAUCAUCCCACGAGAAUGCAUGGGUUUCACCGAUUUCCCGUUUUCGACCCGACCCGAGAACAGGUCUAGAGAUCCGAGACGACAUCCGGGUCAUAGUGAGGUUCUUGCUUACCUGAAAGACUUUGCGAGAGAGUUCAAGAUCGAAGAGAUGAUUCGGUUCGACACGGAGGUUGUGAGGGCUGAGCCGGCGGCGAAGAAUCCCAAAAAGUGGAGAGUCGAGUCUAGAAACUCCGGUGAUGUCUCCGACGAGAUUUAUGACGCCGUCGUCGUUUGUAACGGUCAUUAUACGGAGCCUCGUCAUGCUCUAAUCCCUGGCAUAGAUUCAUGGACAGGAAAACAAAUUCAUAGCCACAAUUAUCGAGUUCCAGAUCAAUUUAGAGAUCAGGUGGUGGUGGUGAUCGGAAGCUCAGUGAGCGGAGUCGAUAUAAGCAGAGACAUAGCAAAUGUUACAAAAGAAGUCCAUAUAUCUUCAAGAUCAACUACACCGGAAACAUACGAAAAACUUCCCGGUUACGACAACUUAUGGCUUCACUCUACAAUUGAAACUGUCCGAGAAGAUGGUUCGGUGGUAUUUCGGAAUGGAAAGACAGUUUACGCCGAUACCAUUAUGCAUUGCACCGGGUACAAAUAUUACUUUCCAUUUCUCGACACGAAAGGCGAAGUGACGGUUGAAGAUAACCGUGUUGGACCAUUAUAUAAGCAUGUUUUCCCACCAGCUCUUUCUCCGGGACUUUCAUUCAUCGGAUUACCAUGGCAGGUCACUCCUUUUCCAAUGUUUGAACUCCAAAGCAAGUGGGUAGCCGCGGUUUUAGCGGGUAGGGUUAAACUCCCGUCACAAGAAGAGAUGAUGGAAGAUACAGAGAUGUUUUAUGCAAAGCUCGAAGCCUCAUCUAUUCCCAAAAGAUACACACAUCUUAUGGCAGAAUUAGAUUCUCAGUUUGUAUACGAUAAUUGGCUUGCUGAUCAAUUGGACUAUCCUCGGAUCGAAAAAUGGAGAGAGCAAAUGUUCUACAACGUGUUCAAGAGAAUACAAGCCCAAUCCAGUACAUAUAAGGACGAUUGGGAUGAUGAUCACCUCAUUGCAGAAGCAAAUGAAGAUUUCGCCAAAUUCACUUCUAACUAUCCAAGUUCUUUAAUCGAAUCUUGAAUAAAGAAAGAGAAUAAACAAGAGCCAUAGCUUGUUGCUGCAGUCAAAAGAUCUUGCUUUGUCCAAUUUGUUUUCACAAUAAAAUUAUAUAACUUCC